AUGUUAAAAAAUUCGUUGGUUAAUUUUACUCUAUUAUGGAUACUACUUCAAGUAUUGGUUGAAGUAAACUGUCAAAUGACGCCCUUUAAGCCAAGUGUAGUAUGGUGUCAUACCGCUACACUCAUUGAUAAUAAAUUGUAUAUUUUGGGUGGACUUGAUUUAAGUAACAAACCAGUGAAAGAAUUUUUUUAUCUCGAUAUUUCUGUACCAUUUGAUACUCAACAAUUAUUAUGGCAAGACUUAACUAAUAUUAAUUUGGUUCCAGCACAUUUUGAUGCAACAUCAGUUAAAGGUGGUACAAAUAAUGAUACACUAUUUUUAUACGGAGGGGCUACACUGGUUCAAACAAUGGCGUUGGUAUAUACAUUUGAUUCACAAAAUAUUGCAUGGAGUAUUCCAAAAAUAGCUGGAAUCAAUACUAGAAAAUCUCGUUUAAGUGGGAUUAUUAAUCGUGACGGAAAGAUAUAUUUAUAUAGCGGACGUACUGCUAAUGAUAUUGCAAACGAAAUGCUUAUUUUAGAUACAAUAAAUCUUGAUUUAAGAAAAGGAAGUUUAAUUAACGCACCAACUCGGAGAUCUCAUUAUGGCGCCACCUUAUUACCUGAUAAUAGGAUUAUUUAUAUAGUAGUAAUCUAUGUUCACAACUUUACCUCACUUAAUGGUAAAGCAACAUCAGAUAUGGUAGUUUCACUCAUAUCAUUUGUUCCAAAAACAUCACCACCACCUUCAUCAUCAUCAUCAUCACUAUCACCUUCUCUACCAUUACCAUCAUCAUCACAAUUAUCCGAUAGUUCAUCAAAUAACUCUAAUAGUAAUAUAGUUGGUACAAUUGUAGGAUCUUUGUUAAGUGGUAUUAUUUUCUUAACAAUUGGAUGUUUCUUUAUAUAUAAAUGGAAUAAAAAUAGACAAAACCAUAAAACAAUUAAUGUAAAUAAUAAUUAUAAUAACUACAGUCAAAAAGAACAGGAUAUUCACGAUUAUGAACAAGCAAUAGAUAAUAAUGAGCAAGAAAUUAUUAAAAUGCCUAGAAAUGAAAAUACAACCAACCAUGAGCCAGUAAUAGUAGUUCCAGCUAAUGAUUAUCAUGGGCAAGAAAUUAUGCAAACGCCUAAAAAUGGAAGUUCAACCAACAAUGAACCAAUAAUUCCGACUUCAGCAGUAGCUAGCGAUAAUAGUAAUAAUUAUAAUAAUGGUAGGUUAUCAUCACAAAUUCUUAAAGAUGAAAUACUUCAAGCUGUUAAACAAGAAAUUAAAAAUGAACUUCUUCAAGCUGUUAGGGAUAAUAAUUUUGAUAUUACAAAAAAAAAAAAUAAUGCAAGACAAGAUUAA